CGCUAGACCCUAGGCGGCUCGUGUAUCGCGGAGGAUGCCGGGAGCUCCUUUAUAUAUGCGGCUGAGCUGAGCGCUCUAGCAGUGCUGUACGAGUGUAUGUGCUGUUUACGCUGCUUGGUGACAACUAGUGUGACACACAAUGGCGGAGGGGGACAACAGAAGCACCAACCAACUGGCUGCAGAGACUGCUAGCCUGGAGGAGCAUUUUCAUGGAUGGGGCGAAGUGGUCCUGCUUACUGAUCGUGUCGUACGCUGGGAGAAGCCAUGGUUUCCAGCUGCUAUAAUGGGAACAGUGUCUUUUAUUUUCCUGAUGAUCUAUUACCUGGACCCAUCCGUUCUUUCGGGUGUAUCUUGUUUCGUUAUGUGCCUAUGUCUGGCUGACUAUCUUGUUCCCACAUUGGCUCCCAGAAUUUUUGGCUCCAACACAUGGACCACUGAGCAGCAGCAGAGACUUCAUGAGAUCUGCAGCAACCUUGUGAAAACCCGACGUAGGAUUGUUGGCUGGUGGAGCCGUCUCUUUGUCCUGAAGGAAGAAAAGCCCAAGAUGUAUUUUAUGUCUAUGAUCACAACUCUUGCUGUUGUAGCUUGGAUUGGACAGCAGGUUCAUAACCUUCUCCUGACAUAUCUUAUAGUGAGUUUUGCACUUCUGCUUCCUGGACUCAACAGACAUGGAGUUAUUACAAAAUUUGUAGGCAUGGGAAAGCGGGAAAUAAACAAACUUCUAAAGCAGAAGGAGAAAAAGAAUGAAUAAGUUCACACUAACUAUCACACUGAAACUUCCAUGGGAGCAUUUUUUUUUUGUUCUACGUUUGGUAUUUGGGGAUAAAGUAUAUGCCUGACCUUAACAUUGCCGAUCACUUCCCCAAUAACUGCCAAUGCCGUAUCUUUCUAAAUCUGUUGCACUGAAACUUGUAAUGUUUCUCUAGUGUACAAAGUCUUUAUCUCUAGAGUGUUUGAUAAACUGCUGUAGUCCUCAACUGUCCGUGUCAUAUGGACACAAUUCCUUCCUCUAUUUUAAAUGUUUUCUC